CUCUGGGAAGCCGCACCGCAGUAAUGCUGCCGGCAGAAAGCGCGCGGCGGCUGGUGACCGAGCUGCAGGACGCCCUAGACGCUUGCUCAGAGCGACAACGGCAGUUGGAGGAGAGCCUGCGCGUCUCCCGGCGGCUGCUGCAGGCCUGGGAACCUGCCCACACCCCGGCUCCGGAGCCACUUCCAGGGCCAGAAAGUAAGGAAAAGGACCCAUCUCCAGCGUGCACACCAAGCCCCCAAGACCUGAAGGAGCUGGAGUUUCUGACCCGGGCCCUGGAGAAGGCUGUUCGCGUGCGCAAAGGCAUCUCUAAGGCUGGAGAAAGAAACAGAGCAACCAACCUGAAAUCUGGAUCCAUUGCCACUGCUCCUAGCACCACUGCCUCUGCCCCACCUCAGGCCUCAAGCCGAACUGGCAGCCGUGUAUCAGUGACAAGACCCACCAAAGCCAUCCACCAGACCAAAGUGCCUGUCAAGGAGCACCCUGAAUGCAGAUUUCUAUCAGUGGGAGAUAGGACCCAUGUGGGAAUAGGAACCCAAGCCACCAGGCCUGGAUCAGGCCUCAGGGACCAACAAAUGUCCCUACUGGCUGCUCCUCAGGCCACAGAAGCCUUCACGCUCAAGGAGAAAGGGACCCUCUUGCAGCUCCCCAUGGCCUUCAGGAAGGCGGCUGCCAAGAACUCCCGCCUGUGGGCCCAGCUCAACUUUACACAGACCAGUGAUUCCAGAGAUGCCACCAGCAGUGCCAAAACCCAGUUCAUCCAGAAUAUGCAGAUGGCUUCAGGCUGGUCUGGCCCCAGGCCCAGUGCCAUGGAAGUGAAGGUGGAGACCCAGCGCCUGCGGAAGGUUUGCAUGCUACUGAGGCUGCACAUGCAAGAAGAGCUCUCAGCAGCCCCUGCUGACUGGAUGCAGGAAUACCGCUCCCUGCUCACUCUGGAGGGGCUACAGGCCAUCGUUGAGCAGUAUCUCCACAGGCUGCAGGACCUACAUGCAGCUGUGACAGAACCACCACCAGAACCAUAUCUUGUUGGGAAUCCCCCCCAGGCCUUGUCCAGCUGUAGAGGUGAAGAGGACUCAUCCUGGAGUCCCCAGAUCCUUCUCUACUCCAGCACCCAGGAGCUGCAGACCCUGGCAGCCCUGAAGCUUCGGGUGGCCAUGCUGGACCAGCAGAUCCACCUAGAAAAGGUCCUGAUGGCUGAACUCCUCCCUCUGAUAAGCACCCAGGAGCCACAAGGACCAACUUGGCUGACACUGUGCCGGGCUGCUCACAGCCUGCUCUGCGAGGGAAGUGAGCGCUUCCUCACUGUCCUCCGAGAUGACCCUGCUGACUGAGCCUUCCCCCUCAGGCCUCCAGACCCUGGGCAGCAAGCCUCUCAGGGAGAUCCUCCUCCCCACAGAUGGAGUUAAAUGGAUUGAGAUUUCCCUGGAUGGUGGGUCUGGAGUCCCAGACAUGCCUGUACCUUGCUGGGAAAUGUGGGUGCUGAAGGCGUGAUAGAAGGGCCACCCCAGCUCUUCUCACAACCAAGCCUGCUGAUUAGGGCUUGGCUUUCUACAUUCCUGGGGCCCUGGUUACAGCCCAGAGGCCCAGAGAAGCCUUUCCAGGUAUCUGUUUUCUCUUACUAUAGA